CAGCCUAAUUUCCUUUAAGCCAUGUCUUUACCAUCUUUACCGUCUUUACCAGUCCUUCGCAAGUUCUACCGCACGCAAGCUACCCGCCUUGAAAAGCCUGGUAGUACUGAAACCACGGUCAUACAAGCAAUCAUUGAGCUGGAAAACAAUGUCCCCGAUAUUAGGCCUGAACUUCGUGGUCUUAGGAUCGCUGCUGCGAAGGAGCUAGAACUCGAUGAUGGGAGGAAGGCCUUUGUCAUCUUUGUCCCCAUGCGUCAGCUUAGAUCAUUCCAGAAGGUCCAGCAGAGACUUACUCGUGAACUUGAGAAGAAGUUUUCAGAUCACCACGUAGUAUUCGUUGGUCAACGCCAGGUCAUUCCUAAGACGGGGGGCAAGAACCAUUUGUACAGUCGCACUGUAACCUCAGUUCAGACAAGAAUUUUGGAGGACUUGGUCUAUCCCACAGAUAUUGUUCAAAAGCGUACUCGAUACGCAGUUGAUGGUACGAGACUCAUCAGAGUGUUCCUUGACCCCAAGGAUGCGACAUCAUUGGAAUACAAGCUGGAUUCAUUGUCUGGCAUUUACAAGCGGUUAACGAACAAGGCUGUUGUAUUCGAGUUCCCGGUUACUUCCUCAUCCGAGUGAUAAUUUGCAUCCUUCACUGAUCUUCUGGCCAUCCUCACGCGCUGCUACACCAGCAUCAUAUGUCAUGAUGAUUAUAGGCUAUGAUUUAUGCAAGACAAUAACAUGGGUGCUUGAGAAAUAUCGCGCGCUAAAACCCGUGCUGUAACAGUAGUCCAAAAGUGGUGGAAAUCAAGCAAGGAAAUGGGGCAGAUCAUUGGGUGAAGUGGGGACUGGGUCUCAAGAUAUAUCGGUGCUUUGUUGCUGGUGAUGUGCAGUGUUGAUUCUCAUGGUCUU